AUGAAAAUGAUAGUAGUGUUUUUCGUAUCAGAUAUUCAAAAAUGCCAAUUUGGUUUUUCAUUAUGUACAAAUGGUACAUGUAUUGAAAACAGUCAUUGGUGUGAUCGAAAAAUAGAUUGUGCAGAUGGAAUUGAUGAACGAAAUUGUCCACAUUUAACAACAAAAAUACGAAAUUCUGAUUCCAUACUAUCAAAUCUAUUUACUUGUCCAUCAUCAGCACUUAUAAAUUUCAUAAACAUAUCAAAUAAUCAUUUUUGUGAUGGAUAUAAAGAUUGUCCUAUGGGUAAUGAUGAAAAAGAGUGUACUGAUGGAUGUUCUUCAAAAUCCAUAUGUAUUACAAAUUCUAAUUUGACUUGUAUUCAACAUCCAGCAGUUGGUGAACUUUGCCGAUGUAAGAAACAAGGUUAUCGAUUGACAACGAAUUCAUUACAAAAUAAUACGCAGAUAUGUCAAGAUUUUGAUGAAUGUAAUGAUUCUCUUCGAACAUAUUGUUCGUUUAAUUGUUUAAAUACAGAUGGUAGUUUUAAUUGUACAUGUCCGUUAAAUUUUACUCUUAAUACAACGACAAAAACAUGUCAAAAAAUAAAUGAUCAAUCAAAAUCUAAUUUAUUAAUUUUAUUUAAUAGUAGUAUUAUUCUCUAUAAUAUUUGGAAUGCUAAUGAUCGUUAUUCAUCAAAAUUAUUACAUACAAUUAAUAUUGAAAAAAAUCAUUAUUUUGAUCGUAUACAAUAUGAUUCAAAUAAAAAAUUUGUCAUCUAUUAUGAUGAAAAACAAAAUGCUAUUUUAUGUUUCAGUACGUCAAAUACAAUUUUAAAACCUAUAAUCCUCAUUUCUAAUGUCACUGUUCAUGGUUUGGCAUACAACGAAAAUGAAAAAACUUUAUUUAUCAUCGAAAAUCAAUCACGAACAUUACGUAUGUAUACACCGAUUACUUGUGAUAUUUCAGUUAGUAUCAAAAUGCAUUCUUGGCAAUUAAAUAACAUUUCGAAUACAAUACAAUCAAUUGAAAUUGAUGCUUUUAAUAGAAGAAUUAUUUUUGCUUCUAAUUACCAAAUUAUGUUAUCAAAUAUGUCCGAACCGAAUUCAACGAAAGUUUUAUAUACAACUGACCGUGAAAUAAAAAGACUUAUUUAUGAUACUUCAUUCAAACGCAUAUUCUGGACAAUAGCUGAUGCCAACAAUAAUAAAAAAUUUCCUGUUUAUACCUGCGAUAGUGAAUUUAAACAAUGUUAUGACACAUACCUACGUUUACCAUACGCAUGGCCAUUUACAUUUUUUAAUGAUGGCAUACUCUAUUUAUCCUUAUCAUUAAAAUCUUUAGAUAUGAUUCAAAUCUAUGGAAACAAUCGUUUUUCUAACAAUUCUAUAACAUCAACACAAGAAGAUAUUCGUUCAUUUUUACUUAUUGAUCAACAACCAAUUGCAUCAGUAAAUCUCUGUAUGAAUUAUUCAAAAAAACGUUGUGAAAAUAAACUUUGUUUACAAAUUAAUUCAAUCGAAAUAAAUUGCUUAUCAAUUGAUGAAAAUAUUAUAACAAAAGAAUUAAUAACAUCAACAACAAAUACCACGAAUUCGACUCUACAAAAUGAAACACAAUCGUUCAUAUAUGAUGAUCAUAUUUCUGAAACAGAAAAUCGACGAAAACAUUAUCGCUAUAGACCAUCGAAUACUAUGCUUAUUAUUAUUAUUAUGGUCGGUGCUUUAGCAGGCAUAUUGGCACUUUUUGUUAAACAUUGUCAAGCCUAUCUUAAUAAAAAAGCAUUAUUGAAUCAUCAACAUAGUAAUGAACAAUAUUUAUCAACAGGGGAGCCAAAUUUAGAUGAAUUUACUGUAACAUUUAAUGAUCAAAUGAGUGAACAAUCUGCUGCUGAUAAUGUACGUAAUAUUCUUAUUGAUAACGACACUGUUCGUUUUGUUCAACGUCGAAAAGAUUCUGUUUGA